AUGUUUGUUGAUUGUUUCGCAUCGCUGCCCCUCGAGGCCUCGUCCCGCAGCUGGCGCCCAAGAAGGCGCUGCGGGUGUUGUCCGCCCCGCGGUGUUCCUGGUGAGGUCGCGGGUCCCACCGCGGAAGUGGCCCCUGCGGCGGCGACCGGUGGAGUGGUGCCACCGCCGAGCGCGGGAGAGGGCGAGGACCCCGCUCCGCCUUCCGCUUCUUCGGCCGACCCUGCAGUGCAAGGUGUCGCUCCUUGGGGCCCUCGGGCUGGGAAGGUGAUCGACCUCGACAACGAUAAGGCGGAGGGAACGGCGGCGGUGGAGACAGGGACAGAUGUCCCAGCGGCCGCGACGGGGAUGGCGGCGGCGAUGGAGGAAGGAGAGCCUGCCCCCGUGGCCACGAUGGGGACGGCUGCAGCGGGGGAGGCUGGGACGCCCGCCCCGGUGGCUGCGACGGAGGAGGCGGUGGCGACGGAGACGGGGACGUCCGCCCGGGGAGCCAUGGCGGAGGUGGCACCUACGGCGGAGGUGGAGGUGCCUACUCCGGAGGCCCUGACAGGGGCAGAGACGCCUGCCUCGGCGGUCGCGAUGGAGGGCGGUGGCGUCGACGGGCGGGCCCGCGGCAGCCUCGACGGGGGCAGGGGCGCGUGCGCCGGGACCGUCGGUGAGCCCGGCGGCUUCCAGGAUGGUGGUGCCCAUUUUGACGGCGGCGUCGGGGUCGGCUCCCGCCUCUGGCUCGGCCACUCCUAUUCCCAAGGCAUGGAGAGGAUCCGUCCUGCGUUGGUCAUCUCAUGA